AUGGCAAACUCAUGCAAUAAAGAAUCUGUUGGACAAGAUAAGAUACCGCUUAGUGCGUUAGCACCUUUGCUUAUGAUUACUCCACAUGAAGUUGAUUAUGAGAAUGCACAAAAUUACUAUAUUGCAGAUACCGUUGUGAAUCAGUUUUUCGUUUUACUUAAAAGAAGAUAUGAGAAAUUCCCACAUAAGUACAUGAAGCACUAUUCAUUCGAUUCUUGUAUUGCUACUUACUUGAUUAAGGGAUCAAGGACUGAAGAUGAAGUCUUAAGUUGGUUUAAAAAAAAGGACUUUAAAGGCGUGAGCAAGUUGUUUCUGCCAAUUUGUUUACAUGAACAUUGGCUUCUUUUUUAUGUUGACAUUGAUGAUAAAAAAUUGCUAUGGUUUGAUUCAGACGAACAUUCUCGAAUGUCAAAUGUUUCAGAGAAGAAAGUAAUCUUGCGGUGGUUUUCAGAGUUUUUAUUGCCAUCUUUGGGACAUGAUCAUAAGGAUUGGUCGUUUGAUGUCCCAAAAGAUAUUCCUUUGCAAAAGAACUCUGUGGAUUGUGCGCUAUUUGUGAUGAAAUACGCAGAUUGCCUCACACAUGGCAAUUAUUUUCCUUUCACUCAAGAUGACACGCUUCACUUCCGACAUCGGACGUUUCUUGAUCUAUACUGUGGAAGUAUAUGUUUGGGAAGGAGCCAAGGUUAUUAA